AAACUAGAUACAUUGGUUUUUCGAUGAAUCUAAAAAAUAACUUUUGCUUAUAAAUAAGGUCGGAGGAGUAUUUCAAUGCUACAAUAUGUGUGAAGUGUGUUGCUGACACUGUUUGGUGAAGUGGGUGUGUUUUGGUUUUGAAUAUGAAGGUCACUGUGGUUUCUAGGAGUGGAAGAGAGAUUGUUGAAGGUGGAAUUGAGCUCAAAGAUUCUGCUACUGUAGCAGAUCUGCAGGAGGCAAUUCACAAGCGAACCAAGAAACAUCCAUCGAGGCAGCGCUUGACACUUCCUGUCCAACCAGGAUCAAAGGAAAAGCCGGUUGUUCUUAAUUAUAAAAAGAGUCUGAAUGACUAUACAAGUGGAAAGUCAGAAACCUUAACCGUAACAUUCAAGGACUUAGGUCCACAAGUUUCUUAUCGUACACUAUUCUUCUUCGAGUAUUUGGGGCCGUUGCUUCUCUAUCCAGUCUUCUAUUACUUCCCUGUUGUCUACCAGUAUUUUGGCUACAAAGGCGAACGUGUCAUCCACCCUGUGCAGACAUAUGCCUUGUACUAUUGGUGUUUCCAUUACGCCAAACGAAUUCUGGAAACAUUUUUCGUGCAUCGCUUCAGCCAUGCAACCUCCCCCAUUUCCAAUGUUUUCCGCAACUGUGGGUAUUACUGUACCUUUGGCUCGUAUAUUGCUUAUUAUGUGAACCAUCCACUUUAUACCCCCGUAAGUGACCUUCAAAUUAAGAUCGGGUUUGGGUUUGGCAUACUCUGUCAAAUUUCGAAUUUCUAUUGCCAUAUUAUACUGAGGAAUCUCCGUGGACCUGCUGGAGAAGGUGGAUAUCAAAUCCCACGCGGCUUUCUCUUCAAUAUUGUUACUUGUGCAAACUAUACAACAGAGAUCUACCAGUGGUUGGGCUUCAACAUUGCAACGCAAACCAUCGUCGGUUAUAUUUUCCUUGCUGUUGGUACUUUUACGAUGACCAACUGGGCUCUUGCUAAGCACAGUCGCUUGAAGAAGUUGUUUGAUGGAAAGGAAGGGAGACCGAGGUAUCCUCGUCAAUGGGUGAUAUUGCCUCCAUUCCUGUAGAAACCUAAGCCACUGGUGAUUAUGUGCUCACAGGAUUAUGAGAAUUAGAAUUAUAGCAUAAUGGAUUUUUAGUCAAGUAUUCUUAUUUUAUUAAAUAUAAAUUUGUCUUUCAAUGUUUGAUCUAUGAAGUUUUUAUUGGAUAUUUGUAAUCGUUUAUCGUAUUGAGGAAUCUUGUUUCUUAAA